AUGGAGGCUAAUGAAGGACAAAGCAGUGAUGGGGAGAUUGCAUCUGUUAUGGGAUUCUCUGGCUUCGGUAAAAAGGCUCGAACCUUUGAUCUUGACGCCAUCUUUGAACAAACUCGACGCACCGCAAUCGAGAGAAGCCAACGAGCUCUUGAUGAAAGGGAGAAGGAGAGUCACACUAAAGAGGAAGAACGCUCCAACUCCUCAAAGAAAUCAAUAAAAAGCAAUGUUUCAUCUGCAAAAAAGCGCACAGACAGCAGCAGUGACAGCAGUGAGUCUGAGGUUGGUCCUCCUCCUCCUCCUCGCUUCAAGCCUGAUGAAGACGAGGAGGAGGAGCUGGUGGGGCCUCCUCUUCCUCCUGGUUACAGCACGGCACAGAGCGACGAAGACGAGGACGAAGAAGGGGACGCUCAAGAUGACGACGAUGAUGAUAAUCCAGUCAAGAAGAUUCCGGACACUCAUGAGAUCACGAUGCAACACGGCACUAAAACGGUGUCUGCUCUGGGCCUGGACACGUCUGGAGCUCGGCUGGUUUCCGGGGGUUACGACUUCGACGUUCGCUUCUGGGACUUUGCUGGAAUGGACCAGACCCUGCAGGCGUUCAGGACGCUGCAGCCCUGCGAGUGCCACCAGAUCCGGUCUCUGCAGUACAGUAUCACCGGAGACGCCAUCUUGGUGAUCUCUGGAAACGCUCAGGCUAAAGUCCUGGACCGCGACGGAUUUAACGUCAUGGAGUGUGCGAAAGGCGACCAGUACAUCGUGGACAUGGCCAACACCAAAGGCCACACAGCGAUGCUGAACUGUGGCUGCUGGCAUCCCAAAGUGAAAGAGGAGUUUAUGACCUGCUCCAACGACGGAACCGUCCGCACUUGGGACGUGACGAAGGAGAAGCAGCACAAGGCCGUGUUUAAACCGCGCUCGUUCCAGGGGAAGAAGGUCAUCCCAAUCUGCUGCAGCUACAGCCGCGACGGGAAACUUGUGGCAGCCGGAUGUCAGGACGGCAGCAUCCAGAUCUGGGACCGCAACAUGAGCGUCCACACUAAGUACCACUGCAGACAGGCGCACAUUCCCGGCUCGGACACGUCCUGUAUCACCUUUUCAUACGACGGCGUGACGCUCGCAUCACGAGGAGGUGACGACACUCUGAAAACUUGGGAUAUGCGCAACUUUAAGAAGCCGCUGAAUGUGGCCAAUGGGCUCACGAACUACUUCUCUAUGACGGAUUGCUGCUUCAGUCCAGAUGACAAGCUUCUCAUCACUGGAACGUCUGUGAAGAAGGACGAGGGAAAUGGAAAACUGGUUUUCUUCGACCGAACGACAUUUGAGAAAGUUUACCAGAUCGACGUCACGAAUGCAAGCGUGGUGCGCUGUCUGUGGCAUCCCAAACUCAACCAGAUCAUGGCGGGCACCGCCAACGGCCUGGUCAAGGUCUACUACGACCCACUCAAGAGCUACAGAGGCGCCAAGCUGUGUUUAGCCAAGACCAAGCGGAAAGAGAAGCACACGGAGAUGCUAGCCCAAGAUUACAUCAUCACACCGCAUGCAUUACCCAUGUUCAGAGAGGCCCGGCAGCGCAGCACCAAGAAGCAGCUGGAGAAAGACCGGCUGGACCCCAAGAAGUCCCACAAACCAGAACCACCUGUGUCUGGUCCAGGUCGCGGUGGCAGAGUAGCAGCUCAUGGUGGAACUUUGUCCUCGUUCAUUGUGAAGAACAUCGCUCUGGACAAAACAGACGACAGUAACCCGCGCCAGGCCAUCCUGCGACACGCCCAGGCCGCCGCGGAGGACCCCUACUGGGUGGCCCCUGCCUACAAGGAGACACAACCCGACACAAUCUUUGCAGAAGAAUCGGACGACGACGAGGAGGCGGAGAAAGAGCCGGAGUGGAAGAAACGCAAGAUCUAA